AUGGCCGCAGUUGACGUUACAUAUUCCUUGCCGAAGGACGUGACUGAAAAGAAGAUCGUGGUUCACUCCGGCACGGAGUUCCAGAUCAACGCCUACGGCAAAGACGGCAAUGGAACAGAUGUUUCCCGAAGCUCCAAGGAUCCUUCCCUUAGGCCAGCGUACUAUUACACUGGCCCACCUUGGAGUUUGCUCUGGAGUGACACUAAACUGUUUCUCAAGAACAUCAUCUACCUUCCUUGCAUUGUCUUCCCAUUCUGGGCUCAGCCCCCCGCACGCUCAUUUCGUCUUGGAGUCGACAACAGAUUCAGAGAGCAACCUCGCUUUCUUGUCAGCCAACUUCAUCGCCAGUUCCAAGCAUGGGCUCAGACCUACUUCCACUCCGGCCCGAUGGACGAGCUUUACCCGUCCUGGAAUAACAUAUACGAUAUUACCUUCCACAUGAUUCUCAUGGCCACCCAAUCGGCCUUUCUUCUGUCCCUUCCCUUUCUGAGCGUCCUCUCUUUCAAUGUCUUCGUAGCUUACGUUGGCCUCUUCGUGGGCAUCAACUUUGUUGCCUGCUUCGCGCUCAAUGGCUGGAUGCCUGACGGAUUCAUCAUGUCGAAGCAGUUCCCAGCCACCGCACAAUGGAGGGAGGACCAUGCAGAUGAAGAAUGGAUUUUCUUGAAUGGAGUUGCUGUCGGGAAAAACUGGUUGCAGAGCAACAUUGACCGUAUCUCAUUGACUUUCCACCGUGAAGUUAAGGGCGUGCACAACCGGACGUGA